UACUAAAGGAGCGGAUUACAUAGACUGUACUAUUAUCAAUGGGGGUAGUCUUGGAAGUCGUAAGGGAGUGAACUUACCUGGUGCUAAAGUUGAUCUUCCAGCUUUGUCUCAAAAAGAUAAAGUUGAUAUUGCAUUUGGUGUCAAGCAUGGAGUUGACAUGGUGUUUGCAUCUUUCAUCCGGAAGAAAGAAGAUGUACAAGCUGUACGGGAGUGUCUUGGGGAAGCGGGCAAAAAAAUUCUUGUCAUAAGCAAGAUUGAAAAUGAAGAGGGACUCCAGAAUUUCAAUGAAAUUCUUGAGGUAACUGAUGGCAUAAUGGUAGCCAGAGGAGAUCUUGGUAUCGAAAUCAAAGCCGAGUUGGUUUUCUUAGCUCAAAAGAAAAUGAUAAGUCUGUGCAAUAGAGUUGGCAAACCAGUCAUUUGUGCAACGCAGAUGUUGGAAAGCAUGGUAAAAAAUCCCCGUCCCACCAGAGCAGAAACAAGUGAUGUAGCUAAUGCUGUGUUAGAUGGGUGCGACUGCAUCAUGUUAUCAGGUGAAACAGCCAAGGGGAAGUACCCAGUGGAAGCAGUCCGGAUGAUGCAUUCGAUUGCUCGUGAAGCUGAGGCUGCCCUAUUCCAUAGGCAAUCAUAUGAAGAACGUCUUAGAGAAGUAGUGAUCCCAACCAAUCCAGCUGAGACCAUUGCUUUGGCCGCUGUUGGUGCUUCGUUCAAGUGCCAGGCUGGUGCCAUCGUUGUACUAACAAGAACUGGAAAGUCUGCACAUUUGAUUUCCCGAUUCCGCCCACUGGCUCCUGUAUUGACCGUAAGCCGUGAUCAAAAUGUGCUUCGUAAAAUCCACUUAUGGCGCGGUUGUUUUCCUGUACAUUACUCGGAGCCUGUUUGUGAGGAAUGGCAAGAGGAUGUGGAUAAUCGUAUUAAGUAUGCAGUUGACAUUGGUAAGAAACGUGGAUUUUUUACAGAGGGCGCUGCUAUCAUUUGUAUCACUGGCUGGCGGGGUGGACAAGGUUUUACCAAUACUAUGCGCAUCAUUCCAGCUUAAAAAAAGAACAAAAGAGUCAAAGCUCUCUUACAAGGGAGUAUAUUUCAUGUUACAAAAACAAACGAUCAAGAGAAUUUAUUAUCGAUUUAAAAAAUACUAUUAAAUUUAUAUGUUUGUGAUUUUUCUUACUUGGUUUGUUUUGAUGUGAUCACUUAUACUUGUUGCUAGAUUUAUCUAUUGAUUAUAAUGAAAUAUAAAUGUCAUAAUUAUAACUAAGGUAUAGGCUGCAAUAGAAAGUUGCUCCCACCAAAAAGCUGCAAGAAAGAAAUCUGUUAAAUUAUUUUAUUGUAAUUUUUUGAUAAUGAUUUCCGUACAAGAUCCAAACAAGUUGAAUUUUAUUUUUCCAAUGCAGAAAAUUACAAUAAUUGCAUCAUUUAAAUAAAUGAUAUAUGUAUUGUCGUAAUUAUAUAAAAAAAAUCAAUAGAAUUAACCUGUAUUAAUGUGAAAGUGAUGUAAGUUAUUGAACAAUAAUAUGGUAAAAGCAAUGUUUUCUGUAAAAGAAUAUUGUCAUUUUUAAAGGUGACAAUACUGUAUUUAUCAAAUACAGAUACUUUCAAUGCUUACAUUGUAAAUACUAGUGAAACUUAAGUCCUAAACAAUAAAAUGUUGUAUUAAUUUGAAUUAGAAAGUUGCUCCCACCUGCAAACUGCAAGAAAAGUUUAUCAGGGUCUGUUGCUGAAUGAAAUGUUAGUUGUUAAAAAUUGUCAUAAGUAUUGUUUCCAUAUUAGGUAUAAGGUCUUUAUUCAUGGAAUGCGCAAUAUUACAAUGCUUAUGUCAUAAGGAUACAACUUAAAUUAACAAAGACAAUAUGUAUAGUAUUGUAUUCAUGAAUUUCAAUAUAGUAUUACAUCUGCAGUAUUGCAUAAAAUAAUAUGUAUAGUAUUGUAUUCAUGAAUUUCAAUAUAGUAUUACAACUAUCUACAGUAUUGCAUAAAAUAAUAUAGACUUCAAUUAUGGAUUGUUUAGUGGAAUCGAUGCAACAUUUGAUGUGGGCAUGAACAUAAAGAUUUGAGGGUGCUAUGCUCCAAUAGAGGCAAAGUGUAGUAUUGAACUACAGCUUAACGUGCAGAACCAAUGUAUUGUUAUUGCUGUGUAAAAGUAUUAAAGAAUAAACUUAACAAAAAA